UCCCAACAUAGCUCAGGAUUCCAAGAUAUAAUCAGCUGCGAGGGGCCGGCAGGAGACACUCAGAGCCAGGAUCGGAGAGUGGAGCAGGUCUCCUCCCUAGGAUAUUCCAACGGCCGGGCCUUUCCAAGACACCAACCCAGGACCUGCCACUGCAGAUUGCUGGGAACUCUCCAUGAGAGGACCCUGGGAGUUUUAAGCAGCUCCGGCCACCAAAGCCACAUACUUCGCCAAGGACACAGGACGGCCUCGUUCCCCUCUGUGAAGGAGCGGUCAGUUCUCUAUCUGUCUCAGGCAGCAGCUGCCGCUGCGGAUCUCCCCGGUGGUCUGACAGAACCAAAUUUCAUACACAAGAUCCCCUUUUAAUUCUCCGCAUAACCAGAAAGCAAAUAAGAUGGCAGAAGCUCACAACGAAAAGUCUUCUAAGGCAAACAUCAAGUCGGAUGAGGAUUUGCUCCCACCUCCUCUACCCCAGGAUUCUGCCUCAGCCGCACCCUCCGCUCCCGCGAAUCAGGAUACUAACCCACUGCCUCCACCUCCUCCCAAGGAGUCCUUCUCCAGGUUCUACCAGCAGCGUCAGGUGAAUGAGCUGAAGAGACUUUACCGCCACAUGCAUCCAGAGUUGAGGAAAAAUCUGGAAGAGGCUGUGUCAGAGGACCUGGCAGAGAUGCUGAGUACUGACGACCCCGGCGCACAGGCCGUAGUUAAUCUAGACGCAGUGCUUCCAGGAGAGGUACAAUCCAUGCGCUGGAUCUUUGAGAACUGGACACUGGACUCCAUUGGAGAGCAUCAAGCCACCAAGAAGCUGACGGAGGAGGAAGGCAUCCCGAGCGGAGACGUGAAGAACAGGUCCAUGAAGUUUGAAAGCCAGCCGUUCAACGGAGACAACCUGGUCCCUUCGGCCCAGGCAUCUGAGAAGCAACAUGCCAAAGGGGAUGUACACACGGCUCGGUGGUUGUUUGAAACCCAGCCGUUAGACUCCUUGAACAAAAUGUAUUUGGACGAGACCGACUUGCAAGAGGCAGUCCUCAAAGAGCCCGUGCAGAGAGGGGAUGUGAAGGGGGCUGCCCGGCUCUUUGAAACCCAUUCCUUAGACGCCUUGGGCCGCUGCAGUUCGGUGGAGGAGCAGAACAUCUUGCAGCUGAAGUCGGAGAUUCAAGAGCUCAAAGGUGACGUCCAGAAAACCAUCAAGCUCUUCCAAACCGAGCCCCUCUGCGCCAUCAGGGACAAAACAGGAAACAUGCACGAGAUCAAGUCUGUCUGCAGAGAGGAAAUACAGAGCAACGCCGUGAAGACGGCCCGCUGGCUCUUUGAGACCCAGCCUCUGGACACGAUCAACAAGGACACCUCCAAAGUACAAGUCAUCCGAGGGAUAUCGCUGGAGGAGGUGGCCCAGGGGAACGUCAGCGGAGCCAAAUGGAUGUUCGAGACGCAGCCCCUGGAUGCCAUAAAGGAAAUUACCGUGGAAGAAACAGACUUCAAGGCUUCUCCAGACCUUAUCCAAGGGACCGAUGUUAGUAAGCAGUGCCUCCUUUUUGAGACUCAGCCUCUCGACGCCCUGAAAGGAGAAGCCUCAGACAGCAUCCCAGCCAAGGAAGAAGUUAUCAAAGGGGACGUGAAGUCAACCCUUUGGCUGUUCGAAACCCAGCCGAUGGAGAUGCUGAAGGACGACUUCGAAGUGGGUCAUUUGAAGAAAGUAGAGCUUUCAGAGGAGGAGAAAGGAGCGGUGAGGCAAACAAAGCACGUCUUCGAGACCUGUCCUUUGGGCAGCAUCUCCAAAACUCCACCUGAGGACUCCUCGGCCACUAGUGUACAAGAGGUGGAGAAAGGAGACGUGAAGGCCUUCAAGAGCCUCUUUGAGACCCUCCCUUUAGAUAGCAUUAGGCAAGCGAGCACAGAGGAGGCUAUCAAGGAAGGAGAGGAAAUAGUUCCAGGGAACGUCAAAGCCAAUCAGCUGCUGUUUGAGACGACGCCUCUGUACGCCAUCAAGGACAGCUUUGGAAACUUCCACAAAGUCACCUCUGUGAGCAGAGAAGAGGAAGUUGUGGGCGGAGAUGUCAAGAGCUACAAGUGGAUGUUUGAGACCAAGCCCUUGGACCAGUUUGACGACAGCAUCCAAAAAGUGGACCUUAUCAAGGGGAUCACUAAGCAGGAGGUGGUUGCCGGGAACGUGGAGACAGCCAAGUGGCUCUUUGAGACGCAGACCAUCAAUGUCAUCCACAGUCAGAUGAACCAGGCAGAGCAGAAGGUCUCUGAGAAAGGAGACCCUUCCCAAGGGGGUGACGUGAAGACCUGUAGGUGGUUGUUUGAGACACGCCCAAUGGACACCCUGUAUGAGAAAGAGGAGAAGAAGAAGAAGCAGGAUGGAGAAGAGCCUGUGCCACGAGGAGAUGUCAAGUCGUGCACGUGGAUGUUCGAAACACAGCCCUUGGAUUCCCUGAAAGGCCAGGAGGAACAAUAUCUGCAGGUCAGCAAGACCUAUUGCCAGGACGAAUUGCAAGGGGUGGAUGUGAAAACAGCCAGGCACCUGUUUGAGACGGAACCCUUAAUCAAUAACGUCACUAGUAAUGCAGAUUCAAAGAAAAUAAUCCGGUACUCCAGCCGUGUGGAGAUCCAGUCCGGAGAAGUGUCCAGGGUGAAGGAGUUUUUUGAAGCGAAGCCCUUAGAUUCAGCUGGUAAGUCCAGCCCGUCCGUGAAGGCAAUCGAUAUCCCAGCAGAUGGGAACAUUGAGGCAGGGGCAGUGCACAAGUUUACCUGGCUCUUUGAAAACUGCCCCAUGGAUACCUUGAAAAGCAGCACGGAGGGCAUUCAAGAGGUGCCCCCCGAAAAGGACAUCCGGGGUGGAGAUGUCGGGGGCAAGAGAUUCGUCUUCGAAACCUACUCCCUAGAUCAGAUCCACGACAAAGAGAACGAGAUGCAAAUCAAGAAAAUCCAGGAAGAGACCAUGAACAAGGACAGCGUCAAGUCCUGCACGAUGCUGUUUGAAACACAGCCUCUCUACGCCAUCCAGGACAGAGACGGGGGAUACCACGAAGUCACAUCUGUGAAGAAGGAAGAAAUCAUGAAAGGGGACGUGAAAGGCGCCCGGUGGCAGUUUGAGACCAAACCCUUGGACCAGAUCAAGAAAGACGAAGAGGUGUUUGUGAUCAGGGCUGUUACCCAAGAGGACGUCAAGAAGGGAGAUGUCCAAACAGCCAGGUGGAGGUUUGAAACGGAGCCUCUGGAUUCCAUCGCUGAUGAAAAGAGGCCUGUCUUGAAAACCGUUGACGACGUGCCGAAGGGAGAUGUCCAGUCCAACAAGCAACUCUUUGAAUCAGAGCAAGUGAGUCGAAAGAAGUAUGUGAGGAUGGUCAGUGUCAGCGAUGUCAAGCAAGGAGAUGUGAGGACAUCCACCUGGCUUUUUGAAAACCAGCCUAUUGACUCCCUCAGAGGAGAAUCUGAAAGCACCUCCAGCCUGAACACGGUACAGAGGGAGGACAUUGCCAAAGGGGACGUGAAACGCUGCACGUGGCUGUUUGAGACUCAGCCCAUGGACAGCCUCAAGGACACAGAGGCUUCCGCGAGCGCCGAGCCCCAAGAGCUGGUCCCUCAGGCCGACGUGAAGAGCACCACGUGGUUGUUUGAAAGCACUCCUCUGGACAAGCUCAGCGCUUCUCAACACUGCACAGAAGCAGAAGUUAGGGAGAGAACCAUAAAGGACACUUUGGACGUUCUCUUCUCCUACCAAGUGAUCCAACACGAUGGCAUCCUUAUCGAAGCCAACGACAUUGAGAGCGUCAAGAUGGCCAAGUAUCAACUCGGCAGUCAAGGAGCCCCCGAAAUCCAAAAGGAAGAGGUCAUGGGAGGCAACCUGCAAAGGAUCUUGAUGCGGCUGCUUCAGAGGCCCAACGUGGAGAGCCAGGGGGUUUUGGUGCAGGAAAAAGAGAGCGGGGAUAUCAAAAUCAGUGCAGUGCAGCUAUUGGAGUCUGGCAAGGCUGAAAAGAACCAAGAGGAGUUGAGCAGCAAUGCGGCAAAGGCUCUCCAAGAAGUUCUUAGCCAAGACACCUCAAGCAAGAAAGGGGUCGUUAUGCAGGAGACACAAAUGGGGUCGGCAAACUUGACCAUCUACUCUCUCCUUCCCCGCGUUGCUCAACAGCAGCAGUUUGUCAAGGGGGAUGUCAAGUCGACGAUUGGGAACCUGCUGGCUUCUGCCCAGGAGCAGAGGGCAACGGCGACCGUCCGAAGAGAGGACAAUGAGAGAGGCAAUGUCCAGCUGUACACCAGCUGCAUCGAAAAGGGAGACCUGGAUUACUUAAAGAACCUCCAAAGGGAUUCCGAGAUAGAGGGCCUGGUUUCCUCGCAAGCAAAAGAGGAGCCCCUGAAAACGGUGGAAGAGGUCAGAGUAUCUCCUGCCCAGCUGCAGGAGGAAAAAACUGUGACAGCAGCAGCAGCAGCAGACAUUGUGCUGGGGAAUAGCAGUGGGGCUAAGCGAGAGGUCUUAUGUGAGAGCAAAGAAGGUACAUUAGAAAGGAAAGUGAUGAAUGCAAGUGACCUAGGUUCCUCUGCGCACUGGCUUGCGCAAACCCCACCCCCUGUGAUAGUCAAAGAAGGUCUCGUUUCUGGGGGUGUUAAUUUGCCCGUGCAGUCAGUGCAAAAGGCACAGAAUGGUAGCCACAGGGUAGCCAGAGAAGAACAAAUUAUCUUGGGCAACAGGAAAGAGGGCACAGCCGACACCACAACCACCACCACCACCACCAAAGUGGCAGAUCAGAAGGAUAAUACAGCUGGGGUGACCCACUGUUCCACGGUAGGGGAAGCCAGCCAGCCGGCGGCACAGCCCAAAACGCAGGUUCUGGGGAGCGACCUUCAAGCAGCGAUGCAAAGCCUACGGCUAGCCACAGCAGAGGCCCAAAGCCUCCAGCACCAAGUCCAGAGCAAGUUGCAAAAGACGACCGGAGAGAUUCAGCUGAGCCCCGCACAGCCCCAAUCCGUUGCAGCAAACACAGAGGGCUGUGUGGCCGCCAAGCAGCAGCAGCAGCAAGCGAGCAACGUCACCUUCCUCAGAGUGCAGGAGGCCUCCAGGUCCCAUGCAAGCGUGUCUAAGAAGACCAUGGUGUCCCACGCAAAGGUCAGUGCUUCCGAGGAAGUCCAGGGAGGUGCCCUGCCCUCUGCAGCUGCGCCUAGUGCAGACCUUAGUAUUAAGGACGGCCUGUAUACUGCCACGCCAGUGAAGCCCUAUGUAAACCCAUUUGCCGAGUCUGAUUACAAAGAGCACUCUUCCGUUCCAGAAGAACGAGAGCAAGAGGCGAUAAUCAGAGGGGAUGUAAAGACAGCUAUCCGAGCCCUCCAGAGUGCCGCCACAGAACAGAGGCAAGUAGACAAGGAGGACGUUGUCCGCGGCAACUUAAAAGCCGCGCUCGAGUCCCUGGAGAAGUCUAACGUUAAUGUCUCCAAAGGAGAUUUUAAAGCGGCUAUGAUAUACAGGAAUGCAGGGCUGUCCCAUUCCAGUUGUAAAAAGAAACAGGAGUCUCAGGCUGUUAGUAGUCAGGCAGCUGCUGUAGCGGCUUCAGGCUCGCAAGCUCUUAAUGACUUUCCUCCUCCUCCUCCUCCAGUUUCAGCUUCAGUGACGGCCGAAUGCAGCUCGCCACCCCCAGCCAAACUGAGAGAAGCAGAGGCUGUAGAGAGUUGCCUACCCACACCACCCCACGUUCCUCAGACUCUCCCUCCUCCACCCGCCAAGCCCAGCAACCAGAGUCCUUUAGAGAAGCCGCAACUUCCCCCCAAGCCAGACGUUCUCGCCCCACCCAGGAAGAAACCUGUCCCACCUCCGAAACCAGACUUCCUUUUGAAGGAAGCACCGCCCCACCCUCCCUGCUGCAAGAAAGGGCAGUCGGGGAAAGCGGUGCCUCCCUUUCCCCCACCCAAACCUCCAGCCGCAACUGAGCAGAACAAACCUACGGCUUCCCCCGCAAACCAAGCCAGGGCACCUGGGGAGGCUGACGCAUGGAAGAAAUCUGCCUGCGGAGAGGAUUCGACAGGUUGCCCCGUGCCGACUAUCGCCACAGACGUCGCUUUUGAGAAAAGGGCCACGAAAUGUACCGUCAAGACUCCUCUGCAAGUAGCAGAAGAAAAAUAUAAGGCAAAGAAGGAAGACCAAAGCAAAGUGGAAGCGUCUUCAUCAGAGGAGAUUAAAAAUGGGUCAGUUGCCUGCCAAGGAGGGAACUGCCACCCUACUACCCAUAUCCAAGCAUCCCUGGAGUUGUGCCAGCAAGAAAAGACUUGUUUGUUGCCUGGCAAGCAAGAUUCCCUCUCGCCUCUUGGAUGCCCAAUGGGUCUUCCUAACUUGGAAGGUCAGAGGAAGCCAUAUCUCUCUGCAACGUGCGAGGCCAAUAUUCUCAGAAAAGGAACCGUCACAGCCCAUGUCUCCUCAUCGAAGAUAGAAAAGGCAGCCGUCAUCGGAGCCUCUGCUACAAAGAGAACGAGUCCAAGGGCACAAGAAGAGACACCAGAAACUCCCGGUUCAAUGUCUUCAAAAUCAAAACGGUUCUUUAAAGGGCACCAGUCUGUGAGCAGCAGGGGGUUAGGAGAACCGGAAGCGAAGGCUGAACAAGAGACGGGGAAGGAAAAACCAGCCGUGGUCAUGCGUGAGAAAGCGUGCAGAGAAACCGAAGACGAGCGUCGCAAGAGGCUGUCUGUUCACAAGGAGGAGAUCAUGAAAGGGAACGUCAAGGAAGCCAUGGAGAUAUUUGAGAACCUGCGAAGGCAAGAGGAGCUGCAGGAAAUCUUAACCCGAGUGAAGGAGUUUGAGGAGGAAACCUCCAAGGUGGAUGUGAAAGCCUUGAGAAGCCUCUUCGAGGACGUCCCUGACUGGGUGGCGUAUCACAAAGCUCACCUGGCGAAACAGCCUAAGGCGGAGAAAGCUGAGCAGAUGAAGGAAGCACGUGAAGAUGCCGACAGCGUUUCGUCGGUGGAGUUAGCCUUUGAAGAUCUAGAGAGAGCCAGUGCUGAGAUCAUUCAUCUAAAGGAGCAGACACUGAGCAGGCUGCUAGACAUUGAAGAGACCAUCAGGAAAGCCCUGUUGUCUAUUUCCAGCCUGAAAUCCGAAUCAGACAUAGCUGGGCUCUCAGGACUUCUCAAGGAGUCUCUUGGGAGUACCCAGAGCCUUGCAGCCGGCAACAACAUCCGCAAGAUCAGCAUCGUCUCCAGCAAAGCCAGACAGGAGAGAGGGGAAGCGGAAAGGAGGCACGAGGUGCCCAAAGUGGAGCUAGGGGUCCCCUGCAUCGUUCAGCCUCGAGCGACUUCUCCUUCUUCCCCUUCCUACAUCUCCAUUCAGUCUGCUGCACGGAAGACUGCAGAAUCCCCCAAAAUGGCGCGUUCCUCUUCCUCAAACUACUUGGACAGGGCAGCAGAAAGGGACACGUUCGCUCAGGAUAUUUUUAGCUCCUUGCCACGUCACUCGGUGAGGUCCGACGGCUGCAACUUGACUUUCAGUGAAGGUGAGCAUGAGCUCAUCAAGAUGAAAAAAGGAGGGAGCUUAAUUAAGCAGCAGUAUCUGCGUAGUCCUGACCAUCUCCAACAUCACCUUAGCAGCAAUGGUGAUCAGGAACGGGAGAACCAAGGAGGAGUAGCUCCCCUGAGCUCUUUAAGCCCAUCAAAUCCAAGAAGGCAGAAAAGCAUACUAGAACUUCAGACAAGUCCCGACGGAUCCAAGCUCUAUGGGGCUACUCGAACCGUAACGGAACAGUAUGAGGAGGUGGACCAGUUUGGAAACAAAAUAAUCACUUCCUCCACCACCGUUACCAAACAGUCAGAGACUCAGACCUCCUCCACAUGCGACAUGGUCUCAUGCCCUACUAGAUAUGAAGUGACGGCCUCUCCAAUCCUUCGCCGGUACCUGAACAGCCCAGCAGAAGACUUCCACUCAAACGGAGGCAACCAGGAAACAGGGGUGGUCUAUGUCACUUUCAGCAACUCCAAGCCUGCCAAAAAAUGAAUCAGAUAACAGUGAUGGCAGGUGGUCUACCAGCUAGCUAAACUCGCCCCAGGGCUGAAGGUUAAGCCAGCUGAUUUUAAUAGGACCCAAAUAAAUGUCUUUAAUCCAGCCCGUUCAAGAUAAAGGAACUGUAGAUUAUGGAAAUUGCAUGACAGGAGAAGCUCUUCAGCUUCGCAAAACUUUUGCAGAACAGUCUUAGGGUUUGUGUAAGACUGUGACUGAUGAACUCCAAACCGGUUCUUGAAGAAGAGCCCACCAGCUUCUUGCCGUCACAAUACAGACCUGGAUUUCAAGCUGCAGGGAAGAGAUUGGGGCAACUGCUUUUAAGAGUGUGUUUAAGACUUCUUCUAAGGCUCACCCUGCUGUGUCCUAGGCCAACGGUCCAACGUUCUUUCCCCAAAAAUAGACGAUCAGAUGUUCAAAGCAGAGGUCAAAGAGAGAGGCACUGGACACAACUAAAGAACCAGGGAGCCAAUAUUGGGGGGGGAUCACCAGUGUUGAAGCGAUGAUUCUUCAAC